AUGGAUCUAAAUAAGAAGCGAACCAAAACCUUGAAGGGGAAACCGAGGUUUUCAGAUUUCAAUUUAGUACCGGAUGAUUGGGGAGCUGAUGUUCAUCCAUGGUUGAGUGUUCUCGCCAAAGCGUAUCCAUUCCUGGAGGAGCUGCGACUGAAGAGAAUGACAGUUUGCUACUCAUUGCAGAUAUUUGAGUUGAGUUCAACAGAAGGGCCAGAAGUUGGUCUUUAUCUAUUCAGAAGAGUAGCUCAUUCCAAAAUUCUUGUAUGUGGAGGAGAUGGGACAGCAGGGUGGGUAUUGGAUGCAAUUGAGAAGCAAAGUUACGUUUCACCCCCUCCUAUAGCCAUUCUACCUGUUGGAACUUGGGAGUGA